AUGGCGGCUUUCGUCACCAACCUCUGGGAGUCAAUCUUCACCCCAGGUCCAACACCGACUCUCCUUCGCGCAACCAACGCAACCUUUGCCGCCCUCCAGCUCCUCCUCGGCGUCCUCCUCCUCGCCACCUGGAGCAUCCACUUCGUCAUCCUCUCCUUCCUCAGCGCGGGCCUCUGGUACGCUAUUAACUGGUUCGUCGUCGAGCUGGCCGAACACGCAGAGAAAGAGGCCAAGAAGGCGCGUGGUACCGAUACAUCCGUUGGCGGAGCAGUAGGAGGCGGCGCGGCAGGGGCCAAUACUCAAGGAACGGAUGAUAGCGACACGGAAGUUGAGGGCGGCGCAGUUGUCGGCGGCGUAAGGGGUGGCGCUCGCGGGAGAAAGGGCGUCGUGGGCGGUAGCAGCCAGGUCGAGACAGCCGCGGAGCAGCAGGAAGCGGCCGACUUGAAGCGUCGCACCGCCGUUUCCGCCACUGCCGAGUCCGGAGCUGAAGAUGCCACUAACGGGGGCACGCAGUCGAGUGUGAGCACCGAGGAUGAGUGGGAAAAGGUUUCCGAGAACGAGAACGAGAAGGACAAGUGA